GGCUGAGCCUGAGUCUCGUGAGGCUUCACCGCACUCUUCAUCUACCUGCUGCCCGCUCCGGUCCCCGGUACUGAUUGGCCGUCUGACCGAAAUCCUCUUGAAUGAUUUCAAACCCUUGUGUUUGGACAGGAAGGAGGGGGGGCUCCGUCCACCGACACACCGACACAGUAAAGAAGCUUAGACCCGACCGAGGAGCGCUGCUGACGGGGAGACGCGUCCACAGAGCCGCCGGUGAAAAGUGACGGUGUCGUGUUUACGCACAUUUUCUCUCCACUUUUGUUCAUGUGACGUGAUAUUUAAAUUUACUGGGUUUCAUUGAGGCGUGUGAAUGGAGCGAUGUCCGGUGGAGACGGUGCACAUUGCGAUGGGACGCGCUGUGUUGUGUUGACGGGACCUGAUUGAUAAUCACCGGGGAUCGAUAGUAUUUAAAAUCAUGCGCGCGUGUUAUUGGUGAAAUGUGAGUAUGUGCAGUUGUUUGUGAAAUUCAUGCGGGAUUGUGCUGUAACAGAUUAGUGAGGGCAGGCGGUUCAUGCUCGGGUUGUUGCCAUAGCAUCACAUUAAUAUUUCCUUUUUCAUCACCGGCCUGUUGAAGCGGAGCGCGCGCACAGACUUUCAUAUUGUGGACGAUGUGUUUCAACACCAUCCCGCAGCUCAGGCUUGGAUAGGUUAGUUGUGACAGUUGAUCUGAAGACACCGUUCACACGAGCUGAUCCUGACAGGCGACUCAGCCAUGGCGAAGAAUCCGUCCGAGGGAGCGAAGGAGGAUGUGAGCCAGCUGACGGACGAGGAGAUGCUGCGGUGCAGCAAAGAGGAGCUGAUCCGGAGACUGAGGAGGGUCGACAGCGAGAAGAUGAACUUGAUGAUCGAGCACGGAAACAUGAUGAAAGACAUCAACCGGCGGCUGCAGGUGCACCUGCACGAGAUCCGGAGCCUGAAGGAGAUCAACCAGAAGCUUCAGGACGACAACCACGAGCUGCGGGAGCUCUGCUGCUUCCUGGACGAUGACCGACAGAAGGGCAAGAAGCUGUCCCGGGAGUGGCAGCGCUUCGGCCGCUACACCGCCAGCGCCAUGUGGAAAGAGGUGGGCACCUACAUGAUGAAGCUGAAGGAGCUGGAGGCCAACCAGGACACCGUGCUGAGGGAGAACUCUGAGCUCAAGGAGAUCAUCCUCAUGCUGGACGAGGAGAGGAACGGAGCCGGGUCCAGGAGCUCCAUAGACAGUCAGUCCAGUUUAACCAACCUGAACGGGGGCACCGGCACCGUCAGGGAUGUUGGGGACGGGAGUAGCACGUCCAGCACAGGUAGCGCCGGAAGUCCAGAUCACCACAACCACAACCACAUACACAAGCCCGCCUCGGAGAGCAGUAAGCUGGGCACCACCAUGAGGAGGUCCAUGGAUGACCUGUCAGCACCGCACCAUCACAGGAGCAUCCCCAAUGGACUCAAUGAUUCCUCCUCCAACUACAUCAGGCAGCUGGAGACUAAAGUGCGGAUCCUGGAGGACGAUAACAAUAAGCUGCUCUCACAGGCUUAUAGCCGCUAUAGUUUAUCACAGAUUCAGACGAAGAAGCAGUGUAACCCAGGUGACCUUCGUGCCCUGAGGAAGGGAAUGACCCUCUACCACUCAGAGUCCCAGCUGUCCUCACUGCCGCAACGCCAGGACGCCAUGCACAUGGGUACCGGCCGUCUCCCGACCAGCGAGUCCUCUCCUGCCACAGGCUACCUGUCCUGCGUCCAGAAGCCUGAGGCCGUGGUGCACGCCAUGAAGGUGCUGGAGGUCCAUGAGAACUUGGACAAGCAGGCUCCUGAGGACUACGAGGACGACCUCAGUGAGAAAGAGAAGGCCAUCGUGAGAGAGAUGUGCAACGUGGUGUGGAGAAAGCUGGGUGAUGCAGCAGGAUCAAAGCUGUCCAUCAGACAGCACCUCUCUGGGAACCAGUUCAAAGGGCCGCUGUAGCAUGGCAACCAGAGAGACGGAGAGAGAUCAGGAUUUACAGUACCUACACUCACCUGAAAACACCUCUUAACUACCUGCGCCUACACAACCCAUCAUGCCGUGCUCCCUACUGCCUACAGCUCCCAGCAUUCCUUCAACAAACACUCUCUUUAGACUGGCUGAGAUAGCCACUACAUGGACCUGUUAGUCUGGUAUCCACAUGCACAACUUUACGACAUGUUUUUAUCUCUCAGAGCUCACCAAGCGUUCGACAACUGGCAGCUAGUUUCACUGAUUCGCCACUUUUCUUCGUUGAUUUUGAGGCUUUCAGCUACACGAUGAUCUCUCUCUGUAAAAGCUAUAAACACACAUCAUGUUUAGUCCUGUAGAUUAUAGCUGUGCUACAUUAAAGGGAAACUUAGUAUUUUUUAACCUGGACCUUGUUAUACCAUGUGUUUGUGUCUAAUUGACUAAUGGGGACAACCGUUUUUGAAAUUGGUCCAAUAUUUAGGAGUGCGCUGUGUCCAGGAGCAGCGAAACAGGCUGCAGUGUAACCACUCAGGGCAUGUUUGUACCACAACAUAUCCUCAUUAAACGGUCCGCAUGAUGCACACACUACAAUUCGUAUGAUAUCCUACCAAUUAGCGCCCCAUGGAUGACUUUAUGUCCAGAGUAUAAAGUGACCCAAAGUCAACCUUGGUUAGGUUUAGGAAAAGAAACAUUGGGAAGAUGUACCUUAAAAUCAGUCAAAGUUCACUCAAAGUUUACACAGUUCUGAACACUGGUCUCCUGGGGAAAGUCCUGUGUUUUAUGACCUAUCCACCACCCCAACUUGCCUCCAUAUGGACUCGCUCUGAAUUCCUUCUUUACUCCCGACACCGCAUUGGUCACUUGAUCGCAGCCUUCCAAAAUACAUGGAUUGUGCAUGAAUUACCAGCUCAUCAUUAUGUGGAAUAUUUACGAAUUUUGGUGUGUUACUUUUUGUACAUACAGCAUAUGAGAACAGCCUGUUGUACGUUCAGUUUACGUCCACUGAAAGUGCUUGUUUUUACCACUGACAAGCUCAGUUUUAUUGUAAGUGUCUGACAACAUUAUGGAAAGGAUCCUUACAGAGAUAGACCUUUUUGUCGAGGACUAAGAUCCGUUUUGUUUAACCAGAAACACACCCAAAAUCAGUAUCACCAAAUACACCAGACUGCAUUUAAAAAAAACUGUAAUUUUAUCACCAUAAAACACACUUCAUUCAAAGUCGAUAGAAACUAAAUAAAACUCACAAAAGCCAUCUUGGUUUGUCUUUCCACUGUUCCAACAAUCACCAACUCUGGUUUGGUUGAAAUAAACCCUUACAUCACCCAGUUAGAUGUGAAAAUAUGCUGAAUCUAUACACGCUAAAAUUACUCUUUAUAUAAAUGGAGUCUGGUGGGUUUGGUGAGCAAUUUCGGGGCUGUUUCUCGCUAAACAAAGAGGAUCUUACCCUUUAACAAAAGUCUAUCUCUGGAGGGAUCCUUUCCAUCAUGUUGUCAGAGACAAACACACAGUCUGAGCCUGUCAGUGGCUAAAACAAACACUUUUAGAGGCUGUAAAUGGGCCCUGCAUAAUUGCCCCAAGUGGUUACAUCACAGCCCAUUUUCAGCUGCAGAGGUCUCGCUCAAUACAGGACCAGUUUCCGAACUUGUUAUUCCCAUUAGUCACUUAGAUACAGAAACAUAAAAAUAAGGUCCAGGUUGAAAAAUACAAAAGUUACCCUUUAAGCUAACAAUACGACAUGGUUCCAAGCACAGACCCGAUUAAGGCCGCAGGGGCAGAAAUCUCUUCACAUGUUGCUGGGAUAUGAAGGCAACAUUACGGCGGUAUCUUCAGAUAAGUUUUGAUAGUACCUCCUGUAGAGACCCUAGCUCCUGUCACAUGUAUCGCCCCCUAGUGGUCAACGAGUAUAACUAGCAUUAGCGUUCUAAAGUGUUAACUAAUGUGAAACCCACUGUGACCUAGCGCCUUUUGCUCAUAAGACAAGUCUAUGGAUAAUAAAGUCUAGAGAUCACUGUUAACUUGUGUAUAUUAUGUAUAAAACCAUAGCACUACUUCAUUGUUAUUGUUGAUUUUACUUUUAUCUAUUUUGUAUUCUAGCGUGGCCAUGUGAUCAAUGAUUUAGUUUGAAAAGCACAGACACAACCGGACCUUAAACAGGGUUUGCUUUUGGUAAAAAAAAAAAACAUACUCUUUUUUUCUUUUAUUAUUAUUCUUUUCCAGAUGCUAUUAUUCCUUCUCUGUAACCUCUGAAAAUGUAUCAAGGCCAUUCUGAAUCAAACCAUCUCCACGGGCUAAUGGAUAGAUAAUUUUCUUACUUUGUGAAAUUAACUAAAAUUGUAUGCUGUGUGCAUGCUUGACAAUCAUUUUCUCAGGUCGGGAGGGCUACAGCUUUACCUUUGCCCAUCUGUGACUGCGUGUGAGCGUGUUGCCGUGCAUGUGUGUGUGGAAGGAGAUUGAAUGGUUUUCUUGCAGCUGUAGCAUCUGCCUGUGAAUCCUCUUUUUCUCUAUUGAACCCUGGUUACAACUCGGUUGAAGACUGCUGAAGGCGUUUGCUGAAUCCAUACAGAAAAUCCCCUCGUCCCAGUGAAAAAUUUAAAGCCAAAUUCUAAACACCAAGUUCAGUUUGGAUGGCAUUUUUGGAUCGCACCUAAUUCCUUGUGUGUCAUUUUAAAGGUGCAGUGUGUAGGAUCUAGGGGGAUAUAUAGGCAGAAAUGGAUUAUCAUAUAUUAAGUAUUUUUCCUUUUGUGUGUAAUCACCGGAAAAUAAGAGUUGUUGUGUUUUGUUACCGUAGAAGGAGCCAUUUAUAUCUACAUAGGGAGCGGUUCCUCAUCUACGGACAUCGCCACCAUAUUUCUACAGUAGCCCAAAAUGGACAGACCAAACACUGGCUUUAGAUAUGGCCAUUCGCGUUUUUACAUCAGCCACCAUAGUUCGCCUUUUUGUAAUUGUUUUUAAUGAGAAUGAAGCUUUUGCUCGCUGUUUUUGAGUUGUGACACGCCUCGCGUCUCUGGGCUCCAGGCACCUGGCGUUCUUGCUGGAGCACUCAAACAAACUUCAACCCAUGUCAUCUUUUUUUCCCAUUGGCCAAUCAGAUGAUUCGAGAGGCGGGCCUUCUGUGGUGGUCAUGACAACAAGUUAACAGUUGGUAAACAACGGAGGAGAAACAGUGUUUUUACCAGUCUAAAACACGAGGUCUGUUUGUUUUGGCGAGGAAGACACCUCCGCGGAUAAUUCGGCUCCUGGUAAAAACCUGAACAAUGAACUCUGAAGGAAGUUCACAGUUCUCACCACUAGAUGCCACCAAAUCUCCCUAAAUCUUACAUUCUGUUCCUUUAAAUCUCAGUAGAUAGAAAAAGGUUACCUUUCUUGAGCUCAGUCCUUUGCUGUGGAUUCAGCAGGUGUGUUUAUGCAGCGCAUGUUUCUUAAAGUUGAAUCUUUUUUUUUUUUCGUAGAAUAUGAGAUAAGUCUUCCCUUAGAUGUCUCCUGAAAACACUAACAUUUAAAAAUGAGUAUUUCCUGAUGUCAGAAUGAACAAACGCUGUUUGUCAGAGUAUUUAUUGCCAGGUGUCAGAUAGAGAUGGGAGCGCUAUCGGUAACUGAACGGUCACAGUAUUUACUCAAGCUGUAAAGAUAUUUGAUAGAUAAGUUUAGUGACUGACAGCUCAGGCUCUCCCAUCUCUAGUGUUAUUUGUUCCAAAUUAGAACAUUUCUGAGGCUGCGCCGCCAUGCACCUCUGUUCUCUCAAAUAAUGGGGUCAAAAAUAAAUCAAAGUAUGGUUUUUUAAAAGUGUCCUUUUUUCUAGGAACUGAUUUGAAGCCAUGAUGCAAUUUUGAAUACUUUAUAAAUGGCAUUUGAUUUGAAAUGUGCCACAUUGUUUUUCUGCAUGGUGUUUUGAUUUGGAACCCAACUGUCUUUUGUUUUUUUAAACAUCUAUAUAGUGUUUCUUUUUUUCUGCCUAUAUGCUAAAACCACAGUACAGAAUCCUAGAAUCUACAGCGUAAAUGUAAACUCCUGUAGUAACUAGAAUGGCUGUAACUUUUCAUGGAUUUCACUGAUAUGAUGAAUAUUUGGCAGGUGAAAAGAAAACAUGAAAUAGGCCACUUUUAGAAAAAUUUGGGAGAAAAUAAACAAAGUUGAUUAAUGAUACUGUGA